AUGGAAUUAGUACCCUUUGAAACAACUAUUGAAGAAAUGAAAAAAAAGAAGGAAAGCCUGAUGGGUUACUAUAGAACCCAUUUAAACAAAAUUAAAAAAUCUUUGAAAUCCGGAGCUGGCAAAGAUGACGUGUAUACAACUAAUUGGUUUGCUUUCGAAACGAUGGACAAUUUCCUACGAGGAGUAUAUGACGGUGGCCGCACAUUUAAUACGCAGACACACGACGACAUUGAUAAUCUAGAAAGAAGUGAGGAAAGAAAUAAUGGAAAUCAGAAUAGUCUUCAUUUUUCUACUGGAACAGAAAAAGCUUUGCCAAAUAUACAAGAAGAAAAUGAAACUCGUCCAAAAGAAAAUAAAUCUCAAAAUUAUAAAUUAUAG